AUGAACCUUGAAGACGGGCUUGUUGCGCGAUCUAAUCAUUUGGGGACUAUUGAGGACAUAGACGAUACCAUUGUUCAUCACCAAGCUGCACUCAAACUUCUGUCCCCUGAUCAAACCGAUAACAACGCAGUCUUCUUUGCUCUUGGGAUUUCAUUUCUGUAUCGUUAUAAAAAGUUGGGAUUAAUCAAAGAUCUUCAGGAAUCAAUUCUGAAUUUCCGUAAAUCGGUUGCUUUAUGUGCCCCUGGCCACCCACAACGCACUUUGUCUCUUCGGAACCUCGCUCUGGCCCUACAAGAUAGUUAUAAGCAACAAGGAGACAUUGAUGCUAUACAGGAAGCCAUCACAUUGCACCGUGAGGCUCUUAGUGGCCAUCCUUCUGGCCAUCCAAAUCGUCCAGCAUCUCUCAACCAUCUUGCGAACGCUCUUCGAACUCUCUAUCGGCAGCAAGGAGCCACAAAAGAUUUAGAAGAAUCAAUCUCACAUACUCGUGAAUCACUUGGCCUGUGUCCUAUUGGUCAUCCAGAUCGUUCACAGUCUCUACACAGCCUAGCCAGUGCACUCCAAUCUCGCUACGAACUGAAUGGAUCCAUGGAAGAUCUAGAGGAGAGUAUAACCGCACAUCGCGAGGCAUUGAGCCUCCGCCUUCCUGGCCACCCAGAGCGCCAGAAAUCUCUUAACAACCUGGCUGUUGUCGUCAUGCAUCACUAUGAUCAAAUUAGCACAGCGGAGGACCUGGAAGAGGCCAUUUCACUGCAUCGGGAGUCUCUUGUUCUGCUUCCUCCAGGCCAUCCAGACCGCUCUGUCCCGCUUAACAACCUCGCCAACACACUCAAAAUACGAUACGUGGGAUAUGGUGAGGUUAAGGAUCUGGAGGAAGCUAUCUCAUGUCACCGCGAAGCACUAGCUCUAUGUCCUCCUGGACACCCUAGUCGACCAAAGUCUCUAAAUAACCUUGCUACUGUGAUUCAGCUUCGCAGUGUGCAGCAAGAUGGCUCCAUAGAUAUGGAUGGCCUAAAAGAAGUAAUAUUUUUACACCGCCAAGCUCUCAAUCUUCGGCCUAACGGACAUCCUGAUCGCCCAGGGUCUCUCAACAAUCUCGCCUAUGUUUUACGGACUGCAUACGAGCAACAAGGAAACUUGGAGCACCUUGAAGAAGCCAUUGUGCUACAUCGCGAAGCACUUGAUCAUUUCACGAGUGGUCACCCACGCCGUUCGUUGGCGCUCCAAAGUAUGGCGUGUGUGCUUGCCAGUCGUCAUAAGGAGUUGCAUCAGGAACAAGAUCUCGAAGAAGCCUUUCAACUGUACCAAGAGGCCUCAGAGGAUCCCACAUCGUUUCUACAAAACCGGGUGACCGCAUCUGUAACCUGGAUGAAACAAGCAUUUUACUUCCGGCAUAACACCCUUCUUUCCGCAUGUAAAUCGACAAUGCAUCUUCUUAACCGCUCUUUGAUUGUCCACGGAGACAUCGAACGACAACAACAAUUUCUAGCAACAGCCAAGGUCCCAAAAUAUCUGGCGUCUGACGCCGCCGCGGCUGUCAUAGAUACAGGAAAGCUCGAGGAGGCUGUGGAGUUGCUUGAACAAGGAAGAGCACUGCUGUGGUCUAAGGUGGCGUCGUACAAAGAUCCAUUGGAGGAGCUUCGUCGGGUCGAAGGAACCAUCGGACUAGCUGAUCGACUGGGAUCUAUAAAUUCCCAGCUGGAAGGGAUCCUUCUGAAACCCGAAGGGUCUACUCUGGAGGGCGACGUUAUGGUUUCAUCCGCUCCGGGCCUGGACUCACAAGUAAGAAAACACCGAAUUCUACAGGAAGAAUGGGAGGCGACGGUGGAAGAAAUUCGACAAAUUGAGGGGUUUGAGAAUUUCCUAAGGGCACCACCCUUCAAGAUGCUUCAGACAGCAGCAGCGGAAGGUCCAGUCAUACUUGUCAACAUUAGCAAGUAUCGCUGUGAUGCGAUCAUUCUCUUUUCCAACAGAACCCCUACACUCGUCCCAUUAUCAUAUAUCCGGCGAGAGGACUUGAUCGAACAGGCCAGCAAACUUUCUUUCCCAAGAGAGAUCAUACGGACAGUUCGUGAACUUUGGAGCACAAUUGUAUCCCCUGUGGUUCAGAGACUCAAAGAGAUGGGAGUUAGGGAGGGUGAGCGUAUAUGGUGGUGCCCAACAUCCGAGCUAUGCGCCUUGCCUCUUCACGCAGCCGGUCCAUAUCGGCCGGGAGAAAAAAAUCUCCCUGAUAUCUAUAUAUCUUCUUAUACCCCUACAUUAUCCGCGUUGAUUAAAGCGAGGUCGAACCUCAAUCAGAAACUCAAUAUUCCAAAGCUGCUCGUAGUGGGUCAGCCUGGACAUCACCUCACAAGGGUUCACGAUGAAGUAAAUAUUAUUCGACAACACGGGGAGCAUGUAAACGUCCUCAUGGAAUCCAAAGCUACUCGCAACUCGGUACUAGCACUUCUAAAGCAAUAUUCAUGGGUCCAUUUUGCAUGCCAUGGCCGCUUAGGCAGCAAAGAACAUCCCUUCAGGGCGUCGUUCGAGCUUCAUGGCAAGCCUCUCACACUUCUAAGUCUCAUGCGAGCAAAGUUACCAAACGCCGAGCUCGCAUUUCUUUCUGCAUGUCACAGUGCUGCGGGAGACACUCGUACCCCAGACGAAAGCAUCCAUCUCUCGGCUGCGUUGCAGUUCUGUGGAUUCCGAAGCGUGGUAGGGACUAUGUGGGAAAUGAACGACGAGGAUGGGCCGACCAUUGCGCAGGCAUUCUACAAAGAUAUGUUCCGCGAUGGGACUAUGGCCAAUUUCAAAGAUUCUGCUAAAGCGUUGAAUUCAGCUAUCAGGACAAUGAGAAAGAAUGGAAUACCGUUGGAUCGAUGGAUUAUGUUUAUCCAUAUUGGUGCUUGA